AUGGUUUACCACACUUUAACAGCCGCCAUAUUUACAACUAUUAUCAUGGCAUCUAUGGUAGUCCUGACCUCCACAGAAAUAUAUACCUCAUCGUUUAAAGUGCAGAGGAUGGUGAACGAGGAAAAGAAGGUGCUGGAGCUAAUGAAAAGUUACAUUGAUCGUCAGCAAGAGAGGCUAAAUUUGUUAUCUAAUUUCUACACAAAUCGUCUUCGAGAGUUGGACCUACGAGAAGAGUUCCACCUAGACCCCAAGCAUCCGAACACUGUGUACAACGUCAUCAAAGAGUACGCAUCUAUUUACUCCCGCGUCCUGAAUGAAAAAAUUGACAGAUUGUGCAGUAACAAAGGUAUGUUUCAGACGGUGUACGAUAUGAAAGCCUCUGACAUGGUCAAGGGAGACUAUCUCGGGUUCCAGGGACCACAACUUGAGCCAGCGGACGCCUAUGAAAUCGGAAAAAUUGCAUUUUCAAGUGAGGAAGAAAAAAAAAACGAACAGAUCAAGGAGACAGAUGAAAACCCCAAAAAUGGAGACCUUAGUAAGCUGGAUAAAGAACUGAACGAGACUCGUCCAAACUACACUUCAGAACCUCCUGACCUAACCACGGUGACCGUCUCAAAACUGUGCAGUUUGGGAAGCACCAGCUAUCCACAGGUAUUUUAUCGUGUCUCAAACAGUCGCCCACUAUUCUGCAGGUACAGAACUGCUCUACUUCCCUACCAGAGGUUUCAAGAGGAGAUUCUGUCAGUGACGCCAUUUGUCUCCGUCAUGUAUCACGUGAUCAGUGACCAAGAGGCCGGACACAUAAAAGAUCGUGCUGGAGGAAAACUAAAGAGAGGGUUGAUUUCAAGCAAGAAUGAAACUGUGUCAGAUAUUAGGACCACUAACACCGCUUGGAUCUACGAUUGCGACUCUGCCAUCGUGGCUUCGAUCUCUACACGAAUAGCACACAUCACAGGCCUGGAGACUGCACAGAGGUUACCUGACGGCCCGUCUUCAGCAGAGCCUUUGCAAGUUGCAAAUUAUGGUCUUGGUGGACAUUAUGGGGCACACAUGGAUGUUCUCGUC